AUGCAAUGCAGAAAAAUUACAGGAGAAGCAGAAGCACCAACAGCAGCAGCAGCAACAGCAACAGCAACAAAGGCAGCAUCAGCAUCUACAGAAGACGGGGACAGUAGCCAGACAACCAGCAAGCCAUGCAAAAGGAAGAUAAGCAGCAACAGCAACAACAGCAGCAGCAGCAGAAGCGACAGUGACAGCGACAACGAGGAGGAGGAUUUGCAGUUCAUUCGGCGAACCAAAAAUGGGAAAGACAAAACAAAUGAGGGAGAAGACAGUCAAGGAACUGAAAGGGAAGGCAACAGCAGUGACGAAGGCGACGAAGACAGCAACAACAAUGAAGUAAGCGAACGAGAAGAAGAAGAAGAUGAUGACGAUGAUGAAGAUGAUGAUGGAGAUGACGAUGAAGAAGUGGAGGCCUCAUUUACGCUGUUCGAUCCGCGGGAGGCAGACGAACAUGAUUUAUUUUUAUUGUUGACUCAAACACGAACUUACUCACAACUGAAAUUGUCAAGACAGCAAAUCAGACAAAUUGCCGCGGUUAUUGCAGCACAGGGAAACAUCGGCAACGUGAGCCGCCUUGCAAGUGGCGGUUCGUCUUCCGGGGCUGUUGUUGGUUUUUCUACAUUUGUUUCCCUUCGCCAGUAUCCCGAGGCCUUCAGCUGCUUCUCAGAUCAAAUACUACAACUAGCAGAGUCGCAUGCUCCUGCGAGUAUGAAGGCGCAGAUCCGAAAGAUCCUCUCCCCCUGCAGCAGCAACAGCAGCAAGGAUGGGUCUGUAGGUUUAUCGGAUUUGAACCCGGCUGUGUUUAUCAGCAGUCGCUAUCGCAACUUGCCUCUUGUGUUGGUAGCAGAGGGCAUUUUGUCCCUUACUGGAGACGUUGCUUGGAGUUUGGAGACGGAAGAAAUGCCACCAGAAGAAAAGCCUUUUUACAAAUUUACUCAUGUUCUUGCCGUUACUCUGUAA